AUGCCUAGGAGGGCCGGGAGCGGGCAGCUGCCGCUACCCCGGGGCUGGGAGGAGGCCAGAGACUACGACGGCAAGGUUUUCUACAUCGAUCACAACACCCGGAGGACCAGCUGGAUCGACCCCAGGGACAGGUUGACCAAGCCCCUGUCGUUCGCUGACUGUGUUGGCGAUGAGCUGCCGUGGGGAUGGGAAGCCGGGUUCGACCCUCAGAUUGGUGUCUACUACAUCGAUCACAUAAACAAAACCACGCAGAUCGAAGACCCGAGGAAGCAAUGGCGGGGGGAGCAGGAGAAGAUGCUCCAGGACUACCUGUCGGUGGCCCAGGACGCGCUGCGGACGCAGCGGGAGCUGUACCACGUGAAGGAGCAGCGGCUGGCCCUGGCCCUGGACGAGUAUGUCCGCUUGAAUGAUGCCUACAAGGAGAAGUCCAGCUCUCGCACCAGCUUAUUCUCAGGCUCUUCAUCCAGUACUAAAUAUGACCCUGAUAUCCUAAAAGCUGAGAUCUCCACUACGCGAUUAAGGGUCAAAAAGCUGAAGCGAGAACUCUCACAGAUGAAGCAGGAAUUGCUCUAUAAAGAACAAGGCUUCGCCACUCUGAAACAAAUUGACAAAAAAAUGUCUGGAGGCCAGAGUGGCUAUGAACUUAGUGAAGCCAAAGCCAUCCUAACAGAACUGAAAUCUAUCAGAAAGGCUAUUAGCUCAGGAGAAAAAGAAAAACAAGAUCUGAUGCAGAGCCUCGCGAAGCUGCAAGGGCGGUUUCACGUGGACCAGAGCAUCGGCACGUCUGAGCCAGACCUGAGAUCCAGCCCCGAGAACUCACAUCUCUCCCUCUCCAGACAGACCCUGGACGCGGGCUCACAAACCAGCAUCUCCGGGGACAUCGGAGUGAGAAGUAGAUCAAAUUUAGCUGAAAAGGUCAGGCUGAGCCUCCAGUAUGAAGAAGCCAAAAGAAGUAUGGCCAACCUGAAAAUUGAGCUCUCGAAGCUGGACAACGAGGCGUGGCCUGGGACGCUGGACAUAGAGAAGGAGAAGCUGAUGCUGAUCCACGAGAAGGAAGAGCUUCUGAAGGAGCUGCAGUUCGUCACUCCGCAGAGGCGCACGCAGGACGAGCUGGAGAGCCUGGAGGCCGAGAGGCAGCGGCUGGAGGAGGAGCUGCUGGCCGUGAGGGGCGCGCCCCGCCGGGCCCUGGCCGAGAGAUUGAAAUUGGAAGAGCGAAGGAAAGAGCUGCUACAGAAACUUGAAGAAACUACUAAACUAACUACAUAUUUGCAUUCACAACUUAAAAACCUCUCCGCCAGCACCCUGUCCAUGUCCUCCGGGAGCAGCCUGGGCUCCCUGGCCUCCAGCCGGGGGUCCCUGAACACGUCCAGCAGAGGGUCGCUCAACUCCCUCAGCUCCAGCGAGCUCUACUACACCAGCCAGGGCGACCAGCUGGACGCGGAUUAUCAGUACAAACUGGACUUCCUCCUGCAGGAGAAAGGCGGCUACAUGCCUUCCGGCCCCAUCACCACCAUCCACGAACACGAGGUGGCCAAAUCCCCCAGCCAGCCUGGCCAGAGCGGUCCCGGGGGGGCGGCGGCCGCAGCCCCAGGCCGCCCCGCCCCCCUGGCCGAGGCCCCCAAGUCCGUGACAUCCCUGUCCUCGAGGUCCUCCCUGUCCUCCCUGUCCCCGCCCGGCUCCCCCCUGGGCUUGGAAGGCGCGUUCCCCAUGUCUGCACACGACGGCCCGCUCCAUCAGCUCUCUGCUGACUUGGAGGACUGCGAGCUGAGCGGCCACUUCGCAGACAUCAGCCUCGGGGAGCAUCAGCCACUGCUGGACCCUGACCCGGGAGGAGCACCCCCGUCUCUGCUGGACGGGAACAAGGGGCUCCGCGAGUGUGCUCAGGAGCCUCUGUACGAGGGGCCCGCAGAUGUGGAAAAAUCGUUACCAAAAAGAAGGGGAAUCCACUUGCUGGGGGAGAAGACCGCCUGCGUGUCAGCUGCGGUCUCGGAUGAGUCGGUGGCUGGGGACAGCGGAGUCUACGAAGCGUUCGUGAAACAGCCCAAUGAGGUCGAGGACGUGCCGUACAAUGAGGAGGACGCCGCGGUCAUGGAGACGGCCCAGGUGCAGAUCGGGCUGAGAUAUGAUGCAAAAAGGUCAAGUUUUAUGGUGCUGGUAGCACAACUCCGAAAUCUUCAUGCCUUCCUGAUACCUCACUCUUCAAAAGUGUAUUUCCGGGUUGCCCUGCUUCCCUCCUCAAGUGACGUCAGCUGCCUGUUUCGAACGAAAGUGCACCCAGCUGCGGAGUCCCUGCUCUUCAAUGAUGUGUUCAGGGUGGCCGUCUCCCAGACGGCCCUGCAGCAGAAGACCCUGAGGGUGGACCUGUGCUCCGUCGGGAAGCCCCGCAGGGAGGAGUGCCUGGCGGGAACUCAGAUCAGCCUGGCGGACCUACCCUUUUCCAAUGAGAUUUUCACUCUGUGGUAUAACUUGCUUCCUUCAAAGCAAAUUCCCUGCAAGAAGAACGAAGAGGACACUGAGGACUCGGUAUUUCAACCAAGCCAGCCGCUCGUGGAUUCCGUAGACUUGGAUGCAGUGUCAGCCUUACUUGCAAGAACAUCCGCUGAGCUGUUGGCCGUGGAACAAGAGUUAGCACAAGAAGAAGAACCAGGGCAGGAAGAAGAGCACAGAGGUCCAGAUGGAGAUUGGUUGGCCAUGCUGAGAGAGGCCUCAGAUGAAGUUGUGGCCAAGGAAGGGGCCAAAGUGAAAUUGGCGGAGGGCAGUCGCUGUGCGGAAGAUGUAAGCCCACGCCCACGUGUGCCCGAGAUGGACGAGGACACAAGUAGGAAAGAAAGCAGCUGUGCCAAUGACCUUGGGAGUCAGCCCCCCGCAGGGACACCGGCCCUGGUUGAUAAAGAGACAAACACCGACGAGGCUGGCGGUGCCAGCUUGGCCGUGCGCCCCAAAGACCGCAGCAGCCUGAGCGCACGCCAGCACACCUUCGUGAGGAGCAGCGUGAUCGUGCGCUCGCAGACCUUCUCCCCCGGGGAGCGGAGCCAGUACGUGUGCAGGUUAAAUCGAAGUGACAGUGACAGUUCAACACUGGCUAAAAAAUCGCUGUUUGUGAGGAACUCCACCGAACGGCGAAGUUUGAGAGUCAAGAGGGCGGUGUGCCAGCCGCUCCUCCGGAGGGCGGCGCCCGAGUGCCCCGUGCGGACCUCCCUGGACCUGGAGUUGGACCUGCAGGCCUCCCUGACCCGGCAGAGCCGCCUCAACGACGAGCUGCAGGCCCUUAGGGGCCUGAGGCAGAGGCUCGAGGAACUGAAGGCCCAGGGCGAGACGGACCUGCCGCCGGGCGUGCUGGACGACGAACGCUUCCAGAAGCUCCUGAGACAGGCGGGGAAGCAGGCCGAGCAGUCCAAAGAGGAGCAGAAGCAGGACCUGAACGCGGAGAAGCUGAUGCGGCAGGUGUCCAAGGAUGUGUGCCGGCUCCGCGAGCAGAGCCGCAAGGUGCCCCGACAGGUGCAGUCCUUCAGGGAGAAGAUUGCCUACUUCACCAGAGCGAAGAUAACCAUCCCGUCCCUGCCCGCUGAUGACGUGUGA